UUCUUCACUUUUCACUCAAUUUCCUCCCACCAGGCCUUGCGCCUUCCACUCCUCAUUGUAAUCAAAAUAAAAGGAGAAAUUUGUUGGAAAGGAGGAUGUUAGUUAAGCCUACGUAGUUAAUAGUUUUGGGAAUUUUAUCAAAGUUUGUUUUGUGCCAAGUGUUUCAUGACAAUUUCAAGGCUUAUUUCACUUCGUGAUGUUUUUAUUCCACUAAGCAGACAGUCAUGCAUAAUAUCUCAACUGGAUCAAUAGUCUAAUAAAACCACAAUAAGAUAGGAAAUUAUUCAGUCUUGCUCAAUAGUGAUUGUAUACAAGUUACAAGGUUAUCUCCGAAUUUCUCCAUUAAACGUUUUAUUGUGAAUAUGCUUUGUAGUGUAUGAAGGAAAUGAAUUCCAAUAAUCAUAAUCAACCUAGAAGAAACUCAUCUUCCUUUAGCAGACAUACAAACAACCAUCCAAGUCGUUCUCAUGGUCAUACAAGGUGGACCAAUCGUUAUACCAAAGAUUAUGGUAGAGAAUAUGAUACCAAUUUCAACCGUGGGGAAACAUCUAAUGUGAGCGGCAGUCCAAAAGAGAAUAAUUUUCCGCUUGGUUAUCCAAAAUCCUCCCAAAUUAGCCCUGCAAUAAGAAAUAAUCACAUACAUUAUGCCCCAGAAAAUCCUACUAUGCAUGGAUUCCCAAGUCACCCAAUGCAGGAAAGAAGACACACAGUUUUACCCAACUAUGGGGAUAGGAGACACCAAAAUAAUCAUACUGAUCGUAGAAGAAUUACCCCGCCUUUGCACAUCUGUGAAAAUUCCAAUGGGAUGCUGAAUAAUCCUACUCCGGAUGCGGCCCAUCAAAGAAAUCUGAUGGAAUUUCCUCCUCAUUUGCAAAGACGCCAUACAAGGGAAAUUCGCGUAAGUCCCGUCAACUUCCAACAACAUUCACCUCAGUAUUAUCGGCAAGCUAGCGAUGAAAGUAUUAAGAGCGAGAGUCCCUCACGUAAACGAAGGCGCUUGUCUCGUUCUGGACAUCAUAUCGAAUUGAAUACUCAACCGGCUUCACCGCCCAGGAGGUCUCCCAGACAGCAUCUUCCUUCUUCUUCUCAUCAUUCCAUGCAGGGAAGCCCGCCAUUACGUCGUCCAAGGUAUAGGGAAAGAAAUGAGUUCCAGCAUACUCAUCAUCAAACCUUCCUCCCUAGUCCUCCGCCUGUUGGACAUGCUCAUCCACACCAGUCCCCCGUAGUAAUGGAUCUUAAUCAGGUUCCGGUUACCAUUCCCCUGAACCACGAAGCAGUUUGGAGUUACCCAGCACCGCCACACAUAUCGCUUUGCAACGCCCCACCCGGAGCCCCGCCUCACAUGCAUAAUUGCCAUAUGCACAACGUCUAUGCCGCCCCACAUCAGUUGUUACCCCAGCAGUUUCCUAGUUGUCUUCCACACCAAAGUUUCGGAGGUUUUCCCACGUCGAAUGCCUUAUCUAUCUCCAAUCAGCAUUUCUCUCAUCCGCAUAUAUCUACACAGAGACCUGAUACAUUGGAGAUAGAAUUAUUAAAUGACCAUCAUACUCACGCCCACUCUAACCUACACGGCGCCCCGCCCCUACACGUAUCGCCGCUUCAGGUUCCCGCGCCUGCGUCGUUAUUCCUCUCCGCUGAACCUAGAGGGCAGCAGUUGGAACUGUUGCACGCCAGGGCUAGGCAGCAUCAACACAGGCCGCACACCAGACUCCAUCCUCAUCCGCAGAGAUCCCGGUGGCAUCAUAAUCCCCCACUUAUGGCGACGCAGUAUCCCGGAUUUUUGUUACAUUUUCUGGCGAUGUUCUCGAACCAGCCAAUGUCCCCGUUCAGUCAGGCAGAUCUCAGCAGCACGGAUUCAACGGAAACCGAGAACUACGAGGCCCUGCUCAAUUUGGCAGAACGUCUCGGCGAGGCCAAGCCGCGUGGACUCGGCAAGCUCGAGAUCGAGUCGUUGCUCAGCUACAAAUUCAAUGCCGAUACGCAUCAGGGUGAUCAGACGUCGUGCGUUGUCUGUAUGUGCGAUUUCGAGGCGCGCCAAUUGCUCAGAGUCCUGCCAUGUUCACACGAAUUCCACGCGAAGUGCAUCGACAAGUGGCUAAGAUCUAAUAGAACCUGCCCAAUAUGUAGAGGCAAUGCAUCGGAUUACUUCACCAACAAUGAAGAUUAAGGUAAUAUCCAUAGUCUUAAUCUUAACAGAUUACCAAUGAAAUUUUAGUUUUCUCUUGGUGCCAUCCGCUGCCAGUUAAAAUAUUGUUACUUCAUAUAAUUUGUUUCCUAUUACUAUUAAUAGCAAUUUCUUGUACAUUAUUCAAUAAGAAAAUUUUAGCGAAUUUAUUUUCCCUAUUAAAAUUUAUUAUAUUGUUUUUGAGAAUUGAUGAGACAAUAUACUUACCUGCUGUUUAUUUAACAUUUUUCAUAAUAUUUCUAGUUAUAAUUUUGGUUUAUGAAUUGGUUAUUAUAAGAACAAAGUCUGAAAAGAUUAGCAGGAAAUCGGUUGCGAUGCCAUAUAUACUGUUUUGUAUAUUUCAAAGUCAUUGUUCAAUAGCAAUGUUUUAGCUGAGCUCACUUAAAAUCCUGAGUAAUUUUCGUUCUAUCAGCAAUUUGUUCGGAUUCUUUUUCUAUUCUUUCGAAUUGUUUUUGGAACGAUUAUUCGAAUGUAUUCAGAAACUUGUUGAUAGUAUUUUUCAAUUUGUUCAAUCGUCAUAAUUUUUUUUCCGAUUUCUGGAAAGCUGAAAAGUAUAGAGAUUCAAAUAACUAAAACGUGAAUUAUUAUGAUAUAUAUUCCGCAAAUCCUAAUAACAUUUGUUAGUUCACUCUUCACUUACCAACUCUUCUGGAAACCAUUCAGGUUUAUAUUUGUGAAACUUUUAAUUGGACAAAUUUUAUGAUAAUAGUACAAUUUUCAAGCUUAAAUACAUAAUUUCCUAGAUUUCUUUUUUUCCAUCUACAUUGAGCUUGGUUACAACACUAAAACAUCUGUUAUUCAUACAAAUCAAUUUGUUAUUUCUCGUGAAAACUCAAAAUAAUUAUUGAUACUUUAACUUAACAACUUGAGGAAUAAUCGAGUGGUUGAUAUGAUGUAGAAUCCGUGGAAUAGAGAAUGUACCAUGAAUAUGUGUACAAAUAAUAAAUCCCCGUCCUUUCAGUAAUAAGUUUCCAUUUGAAGUCAAAUUUCAGUCCACAAUGAAAUAUUGGUAGAGUAGAAGAAAUGUAGCGCAUAGUAAAUUGUUUCAUUGGUAGAUUUGUCCACAUUAAAGUUUUCCAUAUAUAAAUAGGUGCUUUCGGAAAUGACGAAAAAUCUAAAUUUCAAUACAUAGCAUAUCUGACCCCAAGGGGGAUCAUUCAAGGCAUCUUUAUGAAAUUGCUUGAACAAUUUCUGAAACAUUCUACCUCAUCAUCCAUAGCGAGGUUAAGAUUGCAUUAGUCGGUUUUAAGUCUUUCAUGUAUAUAAUUUUCAUGUUUAAUUUUAAAAUUUUAUGUUGUAAUUUUUGGUAAUGGAAGUCCAAAUCAUGUGCUUAAAGGCAACUGCGAUAACAUGCCAUUGAUGAAAGUUAUAUUUUCUUGAUACUACCUCUCAGAAUAUAGCAUAGUUGAAUAAUUUUAAGAAUGUUUACCCGCUUUUAUUUUAUAAUUGUAUAUUUUUAGGAAAAAAAUCCAUGUUGAAACACAUCAAUUAAUGUUAGGUUAUUUCUCCAUAUUUGUAAAACGCAUUAAUGUUGAAUUAUCUUUGCUCUUGUCGAAAUAAAGUCUGGUAUAGUAUUAAAAAAUCAACGUAAAUUACGAUUUGAGUGUCGCUUGAUUUAGGUAGUUGAUGAAUGUACUUUCAAAACAUUUGAUCCAUAGCGAUGGUAACUGUGUACUUUUAGAAAAUCUCGCUUUAUGUAGAAUGAAUUUAUUACCUACUAAACUAAGCUUUUAUUCCAUCACAUUCGUCGUGUAAUCAAAGGUUGAUACUUAUAUUUAAGAAUUUUUUCAAUCUUGAAUCUGGUACUAAUUAUAAACUUGCUGUUUGGUGUGAUUUUUUAAUGUGGUUUUAAUGAUAUGUAUAAUAUAUAUGAAUUUUAAUAUAUAUUAUAAUAUUUCAUUAUAUUAUGUAAUAUGAUUUCCUCGCAUAUUUAACAUUUUCUAGAAAUCUACAUAAAGUAAGAUGUUCGAAUUGAUUCUUUGAUAGCACUAAUUUUUUACUGUUCUCACAGAAUAAAAUUACAAUGAUAUGUAAACACAAUUGUCCAAAAUAUAAAAUGCACAAAGUAUCUAUCAGAAGCAAUAAAAGUUAAAUAAUUUGUAUACAUUUUCGCAAAUUGAGCAGUGAUUACAAAAUUAAAAGUUGUUAGUUAAUUUGAAAUUUUGCAGAUGUUCCGAGAGAUAUAAAAAGAUGUUUGUUGUCCAAGUUUUCUAGAAUCGUAGACGCGUACUUAUUUGCAUAAUUGAGGUUAUGUAGCGAGUCAAUUAGAAACGGGAAGGGUAAAUGUUGUGCAACUGCACUGAGCAGUAUAUUUCAAGUGUGCAAUUUGAAUGUGGGUUGAAGAAUGUUUUUAUGUCACUUUUAUUGUGAAUUCAGUGCAAUGAGUAAUUGAUUAUUUAAUUUUCCCUAAUUAUUGACACCAUAAUUUGUUAUUGUUUGAACUAAAUUUGUUUGAAACAUGUUGUUGGAAUUCAUCUCCUCAUGUGAAAUAAUAUAGAAUAAGAAUUUAA